GGAAGAAAAACAUUGAACACACACAGAGAUAGAGUCAGCCUACCUUCGGGGUCCACAAGAUACGCAAUGCACUGCCAGCCCUGCUGAUCUGCUGUGCCUAGUACUGAGCCACCACCAACCAACAAAGAGAAGAAACGACACCCGAAUGCAGCCUCGCAGGCUGACCAAUCCUGACUUGGAGCGCGCGAGGCAAGUUCAGCGCACGCCUACUCUCCCGUCCUCGAAAAAAAGUGGACGCGUCCAGGAUUCGUAUACAGCAUACAAUGAUUUUGGGUGGGACAAGAUUGAAGAAUACCUGAAGAGUAAAUGGCCAAAUUGGAAUUUCAAUGCGACAAUGUUUAAUGCCAAGUGGGUAUUCGAAGUGCCGGAGAGCCUGACGGAGGUUGACCGGAGAGAGCUGAGGAAACGAAGAGAUGCGACUAAACGAACGAGGAGGCCUUCAGUUUCUCCGGAGCGAGCGCCAGAGCGAGAGCGAGAGGCAGAACAAGAACAACAGCAAGAUCCCGCUUCGACCUCAUAGCAGCAGUAAGGAAAUAUAUGUAAAGUGUUAAGUUGC